AUGCCAUCUCAAAUGGAACAUACCAUGGAAACAAUGAUGUUCAUGUUUCCCAAACUUGCUGGGGAUAAAUGCUACUUAACAAAGGAGAACCUGAGAGUGCUUAUGGAAAAGGAGCUCCUUGGAUUUUUGGAAAACCAAAAGGACCCUCUGGCAAGGGACAAAAUAAGGCAAGACCUGGACCAGUGCCAAGAUGGCAAAAUGGGCUUCCAGACCUUUCUUUUGCUCAUUGAUGGACUCACCAUCACAUGCAACGACUCUUUUGUAAUACACAUGAAACAGAAGGGAAAGGAGUAG